AGUAUUGAAUUGUAUGAAUCAGGUGGAGAGUGACAUCAUGGGUCUAGUCAGUCACGCGUCGACUGCCGAACGGACCGCCUGACUAUAUCUACAGCUUUUCCUGUUAUGUUAAAAUCUAUCGUGAAUUUAUCUGCUUCGCUGUCAGCUAAAAAUCCAAGAAUGACGAGCGUACACAGCGCGUACAAAGACGAGGUGCAUGACGUGCCUAUGUCGGUCAUCAUUAGGCCUUUCAUCCCGGAACUCUCGGAGGAAAAGGUGCAGUCGCUCAUGGAGACGAUACAGAAAGAAGAAGAAGCAGGCAAUGUUCCUCCGAUUGACAUCCUCUGGAUCAAGGGCUCGGAAGGCGGCGACUACUACUACAGCUUCGGCGGCUGUCACCGAUACGCGGCAUACAAGCGACUGAAUCGGCCCACCAUACCUGGCAUACUGAUCAGAUCUACCAUCACUGAUUUGAGAACUUAUUUAGGCAGUAGUACUCCUGAUUUGAAGUAAAAAGUUUGGGAAGCAGACUUCCAUCUAGUGCUUGCAUUUAAAAUUCUAUCUAUAGGUAGAUUAUUUACGAACAUUUUGAUAUUAGAUAUACCUUGAUGAACUUAAAAUGAAAUCUUAUUCAGUACCUUGAGUCUUGAUGAACAGAAAUUCUUGAUGAAUUAAAAUCAGAACAUUUUUCAGUAUGCAAGUUUACCAAUAGGUAUUUAAUUACAAAGCGCUCUAAGUUAUUAAUUACUCCGUAAAAUAAGAUUAGAACCUUUUUACAGAAGAAAUGAAAUGCCAUUUUUCGAUUAUACUUGAGUAACCUCUAUUUGAACACUGAAUAAACUUUAGAAAUGCAUUAAUGGAGUAUACUCAGAAAUAUUAUGAAGUAGGUACUUACUGUGUGAAGAUCAAGUUAUUAAUUAUUAAGUUUAGUUUCAUAAGUAUUUGUACAGAUUUAAGAUAAGAGUUUAUAACGACUUCCUGUAAACGGAUGUCAUUACUACAAAAUAGUAGAACGUUGUAAUUUAUUCAGAUUUCUAUUAUUAAUGGUCGUUAAUUUUUCUGUUAUAUCUUUAUACUUUGAAAUAUAUUUAUAGAUAGGUAAAC